AUGACAGCCCUGCAGAGCAUCGCACUGGGGCUGAGCGUUCCAGGAGGGGCGGGGGCCGCGGUGCCCGCACCAGACGCGGCCAAAGCUGGGAAAUGGCCGUUUUCCUCACUGGGCGGGACGGUGGGUGCCUCGCCGUCCCUGGUACUGGGAGCACAGAGGGCCCUGAGCGUGUCCUCGCCUGGCAUGGCCAUCGUCCCGACAGGCACUGCCCACUUGCAGGCCUUGUGUUGGGAGCUGCAGAGCUGGGAGCAGCGUCCUGGGCCUCAGAGAGUGCGAGAAGCCACGGUGCUGCCCUCACAACAGACGGCCCUGACAGCUGCUGUGCCUGACAUCAGAGGUCACCAGGUGCCUGGAGAGAGUGGGGGCCAGGGCCCCAGCCCUCGGCCAGCCGGCUUCAGGGGAGAAGCAGGGGUUUCCCUCCAAGCCAGGCCUGCGAGCGGCAUGGGAGCUCUGCAGAGGGCAGCGGGACCGUAUGCCGUGGGCACGGCCGGGCGCCUGACCUCCGUCUGGGGGAUGGGCCACGGCCCCAGCUCCCCCGCAGCUCCUCGAGGGGACGGCAUCUGUGAUGGAACCACUCUGAACCCGGGGGGAGGGGGGCUCCCUGGCCAGACGGAGGACAAGCAAGUGGAGACCAAGACAGAUGCCAAGAAGGGAGAGGAAAGGGGCAGAGAUGCCAGCAAAAAGCCCCUGGGCCCCAGACGGGACUCAGACCUGGGGAAGGAGCCAAAGAGGGGCGGUUUGAAGAAAAGCUUCUCAAGAGACAAGGACGAAGCUGAAAGCAAAGGCUCAGAGAGGCCCAAGGAGGAGAAGCUCAUCAGGGGCCUCGAGAAGGGCCGGGUCAGGGCCGCGGUGGACAAGAAGGAGGCCGGGAAGGAGGGGCGGGCGCAGGAGGGGACGGCAGCCCCCAGGAAGGACGAGGAGAAGCAGGGCAGUGCGAGCGGAGACAAGGGGAAGAAGGGAGAGGGGAAGAAGGUAGAGGAGAAGAAGGAAGCAAGCCAGAGAGAGGGGACCGAGAAGGUGAAGGGGCAGAGGAAGGACACGGACGCCCGGAAGGAGGGCCAGGAGGUGGAGAGAGGGAGCAGGGACAGGGGUGCCAGGCCGGAGGACGAGAAGGCCAGAAAAGAGGAGCCCCGCCGUGCAGAGGCCCCCCGCGAAGAGCCCAAGAGCCCGGCGCCAGAGAGAUCAGCCCCUGGAGACCGCACCGAGCCCGCCGACGGGCCCGCCCAGGCUGAGGAGGAGGCGGCCCCCAGCGUCUUUGACGAGCCCCUGGAGCGGGUGAAGAGCAACGACCCGGAGGUGACCGAGCUCAACGUGAACAACUCGGACUGCAUCACCACCGAGAUCCUGGUGCGCUUCGCCGAGGCGCUGGAGUUCAACACGGCCGUCAAGGUCUUCGCCUUGGCCAACACGCGGGCGGACGACCACGUGGCGUUCGCCAUCGCCAUCAUGCUGAAGGCCAACAAGACCAUCACCAGCCUGAACCUGGACUCCAACCGCAUCACCGGCAAGGGCAUCCUGGCCAUCUUCCGGGCCCUCCUGCAGAACAGCUCGCUGACCGAGCUCCGCUUCCACAAUCAGCGCCACAUCUGCGGCGGCAAGACCGAGAUGGAGAUGGCCAAGCUGCUCAAGGAGAACACCACGCUGCUCAAGCUGGGCUACCACUUCGAGCUGGCCGGGCCCCGCAUGACCGUCACCAGCCUGCUCAGCCGCAACAUGGACCGGCAGCGGCAGAAGCGGCUGCAGGAGCGCCGGCAGGAGCGGGAGGCCCGCGGGGCCGAGGCGCUGCUGGAGGUGCCCCGCGCCGGGGCCCCCACCCGGGGCUCCCCCAGGUCCUCCCCGCAGUCAUCCCCCAGGGCCGCUCCCAGGACCUCCCCGGGGAAAGGGGGCGCCCCGGCCGCGCCCCCGCCCCCGCCGCCGCCCCUGGCCCCGCCGCUCCUCAUGGAGAACCUGAAGAACUCGCUCUCGCCGGCCACCCAGCGGAAGAUGGGCGACAAGGUCCUCCCCGCCCAGGAGAAGAACUCCCGGGACCAGCUGCUGGCCGCCAUCCGCUCUAGCAACCUGAAGCAGCUCAAGAAGGUGGAGGUGCCCAAGCUGCUGCAGUAG